AGGAUUUUAUUAAAUAUGCAAGUUGCAAAAUAAUUUUUGCUAAUACUAUUGUGAAUAAUUGAUUUUCUACGACACGCGAAUGCUCUCUAACAUUAUGAUCACGAAACACAUCUUUGAGUUGAUCUAUGUAUACCUGAAAAAGUUACAAAUUCCGAUUUUUAGCGGCGUUUGGCAAUUUGUGUGUUUAAGAAGGGAGCGUAUGAAAAAACAUUGCAAAAAUCAAAUAAUUAUAAAAUUUAUGCAGACUGUUUCAUUGUUAUCUAGUUUUGAAUUGAUAGAGAUCAUAAACUGAAAGAAAAAUGUGAGAAGCAUUUCGUCUUUUUGUGUUCGGGAAAGAUAGGGGUUUGAUUCUUGCAAAAAAAAAAAAACACUUGAAUUUGACUUAAUUCCAGCUGAUAUUCAAGAAACUGAAUGUACCCGGCUACAUAUAUAACUAAUCUGUAGCCCAACCCAGCUGAGAAUAAUAAUCGUUUCGUUGUCUAAAGAAGAGCUUUAUAUUCGUCUUUGAAAUUGCAUCUAUGGGCCUCGAUAAAGCGAACUCGGAUUCUGAUGCAAAUUCAGCGGAAGACAAUCAGCUAAAUGAUAAAAAUGGAUCCAGUUCUAGUAGCAAUGUCAAAAACAACGGCGAAAGUAACAAUAGCGAAAUUAGUGAUUCGACAUCCAACAGCACUUCAGUGAAUAAGCCUACAUUAUGUGUACAAAAAACAGCAAACGAAUUUAAAUUGCGAGUUGUACCAAUAGAAAAAUUAUUACAGAAACCAUUAGUGGAGAAAGCUAACGACAAGAAAAUUUUAAUAUCAGAGCCACAGACAAGACGCAAGAACCGAAUUACUUAUCCUUCGAUUGAUUUAAGUGAUAGUGAGGAGAGUGACCAAGAGAAACAAAAGUCAACUCCAAAAAUAAAAAGAUCAAUCUCGUUAAAAUCGAACGAAUUAGUUCUACCCGGAAACCCGAAUCCGCCAAUACUACUGAGCAAAUUACAGAAUCAGACAAGACGAUUGCCUGAACGCAAGAACCGAAGUAAUUGUGGGUUUAUUGAAUUAAGUGAUAGUGAGGGUAGUGAGAUAGACCAAGAAAAAGAAGAGUCAGCCCCAAAAGUAAAGAAAUCGAUCUCGACGAAAUCAAACGAAUUGGCGCUACCUGGAAAGCCGAACCAGCCGCUAGCAUUGAGAGAGCUACCCCGUAUAAGGCAGUGUACUGUGCGCAUAAAGCGCACUCAUUUUCCUCAAACGUCCAGCGUCGCAACCCAAAGAGUGGUGGGUACUAAAGUUAAUGGUAAGGAUAAUUCAAUAAAAGCGCAGGGAAAACGCGAUCGGAGCAACAGCAACAACAGUUCAUACUUUACCAAAAGAUCGGCAGUAUCAGUUAAAGACCAAGUAAUGAAUUCGGAUUCAGAUGAAUCUGAGUCUAUAACUCAAGAGAAUGAUAUCGUCAUUGACGAACAUUCCGAUGUUGAGUCGAAUGCCAACAGCAGUGAUAGUGAAGUGAUACCGGCGCGUAAAAAACGCGUAUUUAAUAAAAGAAAAAAGAGUAGUGAUGAUGACUCUGACUUUGCACCGCAGCCAGCUGCAAAAAAACGAGGACGCCUUCGACGUGGCAAAGACAGCAGUGAUGGGGACGACAAUGAUAACGUUAAGGGAAAGGGGAAGGGCAAAAAGAGUGUAUCCUCGGAUGAUGAAGACGCCGAUGAGACGAAUAAGAACAAACGCAAACAUAUCCGCAAAAUAAUUAAAACCAAGGAUCUGGACAUAAGCACAAAGAAUGCCACAAAGGAAGAGGAGGAACGGCGCAAACGUAUAGAGGAACGUCAAAGACUUUACAAUCAAAUCUAUGAAAAGCCAGAAAAUGUUGAAGUCACUGAAUUAGUACUUGACUUCGAUGAGGAAACUAAAAAGCCCCUCCUUGAAGUUGAUAAGGGAAUCUUAAAGAAAUUGAAGCCGCAUCAAGUAACCGGUGUUAAGUUUAUGUGGGAUGCUUGUUUCGAAACAAUUAAAGAAUCUGAAGAUAAUGCUGGAUCCGGAUGUAUUUUGGCUCAUUGUAUGGGGUUAGGAAAAACAUUGCAAAUUGUCACACUAUCUCACACUUUAUUGAAGAAUUCAAGCCGAACAGGCGUGGAACGCGUAUUAAUAAUAACACCUUUAAGUACUCUUAAUAACUGGGCACGGGAAUUCAAAUACUGGAUAGGAUUUGCCACUAAACGUAGUGUAGAAGUAUAUGAUAUGUCCAAGUAUAAGGACAAACCUACACGCAUUUUCAAAUUAAACGAAUGGUUUGAGGAGGGUGGAGCAUGCAUAAUCGGCUAUGACAUGUAUCGCAUACUGGCCAAUGAAAAGGCAAAGGGUUUACGCAAGAAACAGCGUGAGGUAUUGCAGCGAGCGCUGGUCGAUCCAGGUCCAGAUCUGGUAGUAUGCGACGAAGGUCACUUACUAAAAAACGAGAAAACAUCUAUUAGUAAAGCAGUAACAAAGAUGAGAACCAAACGACGCAUUGUUCUUACUGGUACACCCCUGCAGAAUAAUCUUAAAGAAUAUUAUUGCAUGAUACAGUUCAUUAAACCCAAUCUUCUUGGCACCUAUAAAGAGUAUUUAAAUCGUUUUGUAAAUCCGAUUACCAAUGGCCAGUAUACAGAUUCAACCGAGCGAGAUAUUCGCUUGAUGAAGCAUCGAUCCCAUAUUUUACACAAAAUGUUGGAAGGCUGCAUUCAACGGCGCGAUUAUUCGGUGCUGGCACCCUAUCUACCGCCGAAACACGAAUACACUGUUUACACAACUCUGUCUGAACUGCAACAGCAGAUAUACGAAUAUUACAUGAGGACCCAGCGUGACUUUAGUGAUAUUACCGGAAAAGGCGCACGAUUAUUUCAAGAUUUUCAGGAUUUGCGUCGAAUUUGGACUCAUCCGAUGAAUUUACGAAAGAACAGUGACACGGUUAUUCGCAAGCGGCAGCAGGCUAAUGACUCCGAUUCAAUGGAGGAUUUUAUUUGUGACGACGAUGAUGACGAGGCAGAGACUGGCACUGGAUCUGAUACAUCGGUUGAUUCAUCGAAGUCAUUCCCUAGCGGCGGUGAGGGCAGCGGCAAUGCCACUGCACGGAAGGGUGCUAAAGGCACUCGUACACGGAGUGGUAAACAGGCAGACAAAGAAAGUGACGUAGAAGAAUUGGAACCGUCUCAACCAGAAGCUGAUCCAUCAGAAUGGUGGAAGUGUUUGGUUGAUGAAAAAGAGUUAAACAACAUAAAUCAUUCCCCGAAAUUGGUGAUACUAAUGAAUUUGUUGCAAGAAUGUGAGAUUAUUGGCGACAAACUUCUAGUGUUUUCACAGUCCUUGCAAUCUAUUGACGUCAUUGAACAUUUUUUGGCAUUAAUAGACAGUAAGACGAGAGGAUACGAAUACGAAGGUAAUGUUGGCGAUUUUAAAGGCUUUUGGCAGCCGGGUAUAGAUUAUUACCGCCUUGACGGCUCUUGUUCUGUUGAAAGUCGUGAGGCUAUGUGUAAGAAGUUCAACGAUGUUGGCAAUUUACGUGGUCGCCUAUUCCUCAUCUCUACACGAGCUGGAGGCUUGGGCAUCAACUUGGUUGCAGCAAAUCGUGUGGUCAUUUUCGAUGUUUCUUGGAAUCCUUCCCACGAUACUCAAAGCAUUUUUCGGGUUUAUCGCUUUGGUCAGGAGAAGCCAUGCUAUAUUUAUCGUCUUAUAGCCAUGGGUACCAUGGAGCAGAAGGUUUACGAGCGUCAAGUGGCAAAACAGGCAACGGCUAAGCGCGUAAUAGAUGAGCAACAAAUAUCUCGCCACUAUAAUCAAUCCGAUCUUCAAGAACUUUACUCCUUUGAACUAAAGCCAGCCACUGAACGAGAAAUACCGAUUUUGCCCAAGGACCGCCUAUUUGCAGAGCUGCUUAGCAAACAUGACUCUUUGAUUUUUAAAUAUCAUGAGCAUGACUCACUUUUAGAGAACGAGGAAAGUGAGAAUCUCAACGACGCCGAACGCAAGGCUGCUUGGGCGGAAUAUGAAGCCGAAAAGACGCGUAGUGUCCAAACAGCCCAAUACAUGUCUUACGACCGAAGUGCUUUUGGUGGCCAAUUUGGUAACGCUGCAGGUGGUGUAACCUCUAAUCGCAUCUUUGGUUUCCGUUCGGAUAUUCUGUUGCAGCUACUAAAUAUGAAGAUAGUAAAGGAUCAUCCAGAAAUAACACAAAAUCAAGCCGUACAGCUUGUGCCCACAUACUUGCAACAUUUGUAUACCGAAAUGAAUAACAACAAUCCUGCAAUGUAUAAAGAUCUUUUAUCCUUACACGCCACACUCGCCCAUCCCAGCGGUAUGUAUAUGAGCCCCCUGUUGUUCGCAAAUCAGAAUCCAAGUGCAGCAGGCUACUACCAAGCAGCUGUUGGGCCGGAUGGACAACAGCCGCCAGUAGUGGAUCAAAACCCGGCAGCUGCCCCAUCUGGUGCAGUAUUGAAUGCAGCUCCAACCGGAUUUAAACAUAAUGAAGUAUACGAGAUUGAUUAAACAGUUGUUUCUUGGUACAAGGUUCGCUCCCCUUAAAAUCUGUAAAUGAUGAAUCCGUUGAGAGUGACCUUCAUACAUUUUCUGAUGCUGCUAGAACGUUAAUUUUUUUUUUUUAAUUUUCCCCAAAAUGUGGGAAAUGCCUACUACGAGUAUGCACAUAAUCAUAUAACAAUUAUCCUAUUUUAAAAAUACCAAUUUUAUAUAAUAGAAUGCUAGAAAAAAAAAAUCGGAAUUAGAUCGUUUACAUAAGUUUAAUUUUUUUAUUUCACAUUGAUUAUUAAUCUAAGAAAAUACAUAUAUUAUUAUUACUAAACAUAGACAUCCUUUUUUGCAAAAAUAGAAAUGUGUGUAUAACACAAACAAUUGCAAGCACAUAAAUAAUUUGAGUGACGACAUUAAAUAAAUAUAUCAAAGAAAACAACA